AUCUCAAAAAAAAAAAAACAAAAAACAACAACAACAACAACAACAACAACUUUAUUACUAAUUAUCGUCAAUAAUCUCUUUCCAAAUUCUUUGUGCUUCUCCCAUUUGGCUGAACUCUGAAAACUCAACCAACUUAACGCGGCUUCCAUCAAUUUCUUCAAAGCUUCUAAUUUUUUCAUGCCAACUCUUCCUCUUCACUUUACUCUCAUCAUUCUCUGAUCUGGGUUAUCUUUACUUCUCAUUCAGAUCCUAAUUCUCACAAAGAUUUUCUUAUCUUGGCUUCUGUUGCUUCACUUUGGAACUAGAAAGAAGCCAAUUUGGUUCUUGGGUUAUUCAUGGUUUUCAUUAUUAGAGUGUUCAGUCUAUGUGAAAUCUGCUUUUAAGAAGUUUUCAUUAGUUUUGAAAGUUGAAAGAAAAUCUUAGAACUUUGACAAUGGGCAGAGGUAGAGGUAAAGGGAAAAAGAACACUGUUACAGUUGUUCGAGAAGAUCCUGAAAGUGGAGAAGAAAAGGUUCCAGCUUAUCGGAGAAGAGGAAGACCACAGAAACCAUUGAACGAAGAUGUUCAAAGAGAGGAAGAAACUGAGAAAAUAGAAGAUAGUGAAGAAGGAAAGACUUUGUUAUAUCAAGGUGCCUCAGAGAAUGGUAGGAAAAGACAAAGGUCUACUCCGGUGAAAGAAAAUAUGGAUUCAGUAAAAGAUGAGAAUGGCAUUGAAACAAAGUCCGCACCAGAUGAAACAGCAAAGUUUGUUAGUUUCCGCCACAUUAGCAGUAGGCGGAAAAACAAGCCUCACCGGGCUGCGGAAGCUGGAGUUGAGUGCAAUUGACUAGUGAGUAUAGUUCACCUCCUGAAAAUGGUUGCUUACCUUCUUAUUAAUUGUUGCAUAAAUAGUAACUAUCUAAGCAAGGCAAGCCAAUAUCAGUUUAAACAUCUGCUGUACUUUUUGUUUUUUCACCUUACAAUUUUUUGGUCCCAUUCCUCAAGAAUUGGGUGAUUUUGGUUAAAAGACUUAAAAAUGUACUCCUUUUUUCAUUUCCUUUUUGAGGUAAUUGAUGAGAAGCCUUCAUAGAGAAACAUUUUUCUCACUA